GCGGUGCCUUUUAAAAAUCGCUCAGUUUGUGUUUACGUGUGGUGCAAGCAGCUCAGUGUUAACAUUAUGAAUCAAACGUGCGCCAUAUCGUCAAACAAAUGCACAAGGGCUGCCAAGGAUAGGGCGAUUUUCAGCGACGACCGGGUGAUAAGAAAUUUGCUGGAAAGCGAAGUUUCGUAUGUUCCAAAUUGUGAUUAUUUCGGCCAAGUUCAAGAUGACAUCCAGCCGUUCAUGCGGAAGGUCGUCACGACAUGGAUGUUGGAGGUCUGCGAAGAGCAAAGUUGUGAAGAACAAGUCCUGCCCUUAGCUGUGAACUAUAUGGACAGAUUUCUGUGCGUCUGCAGAAUAAAGAGGCAACACCUGCAACUGUUGGGUGCCACCUGCCUCCUAAUUGCCUCAAAGUUGAGGAGUACGAACUUUCUACCAAUUGAUCUUCUUUGUGCGUAUACAGACUAUAGUGUAACAUACGAUGUUGUGGCGAGUUGGGAGCAACUGGUACUUUCGAAACUCCAGUACAACUUGUGCGCUGUCACCAGCUACGAUUACAUCGAUCAGGUCAUCGAGAGGUGCGCCUGGGGGCAACAUCAUCAGCUCCUUAGGCGGCAUGCCCACACUCUAGUCAGCAUUUGCUCAACAGAGCCAACACUAAUCCAAACCAUUCCAUCGGCAAUAGCGGCAGCCUGUUUGAGUUCAGCAGUUCGCGGUUUGAAGAUGUCUUGCCACGAGGCAGCAAUGAGCGAAGUCUGCACAAUGCUCAAAGCUGACAUGGGCGAAAUCAGUCAAUUGAUCAAUGUGGUUGAUAAACUCAUCGAAAAAGUGGCCACUCCAGAAAAUGGCGAUCAAAAAGACAAGGAGGCCGCCAAGAAACCCGCUGGCUACGAAAGUCCAACCUAUGGACAACCUGAGACACCCACCGAGGUUGAGAAUGUGUACUUUUAGUUUCCAAUCAAACGGUUAAUACCCAUCAGAGAAUUAAUGUGCAUUAACCAUGGGUUUUGUUAGAAUUAUUUUUUAAUAACUAAUAUUUUGUAUAUAUAUGAAAUAGUAUAUACCGCUCGUUUUCAGUUUAUUGAAAGUUUUAAGGACUUAUCCGAAACAGUUAUACAUGUCGCUCUUAGGUUUCAAUUGGGGGGUCUAAAUCAAAAGCUAAUUUUUGAUGAAAAUUGAUAUUGUAGCCUCAAAGGGGAGGAAGAGACUGAGACCCCCCUAUCUUACAAAUAAAGUAACAAAUAAUCACUUUCUUCUACGUACCUAUUUAAGCAAUUUUGUGCCUUAUUAUACUUGUACAGACUUGUAUUUGUCGUGUCUUGGAUGGCAUGGUAUGUAUAUAUUUAUAUUUUGUUCCUUUUCAACGAUAAGUACAUAAGUGUUUCGAGAAUCUACAUUUACAUGAAAUUGUUCCACUGUUCGACGCUCUGUGCUUGCACAGGGUGAAGAGCAACCUACACAACGCUUAAACCCCCACAUGUGUUCAAAUAGGAUGUUAUCCAAGAAGAAAAUGUUAAUCCAUAGAUAUAACCCCAAUAGAUUUAAUCUAUUAGUUACUUAAACACCCCUGUACAUUUAUCUAUAGGUCCGUAGUUUUACAAUAGUCUUUAACUAUCCAUAAAAAAACAAAAGUAUAAACUGGCCGAUAACUGAAAAAUUUCAAUUUCAACAGUUCACUCUUCGUGCAGUUUAUAGUUGAUCGCUGUGAUUAUAUAUUUACCUUCUAAGUGACUAUGUUUUUGAAUAAUUUUCACAUUUAAUCCCUAGAAAUGAAUGUUAAGUUAACAUGUAUACGCUUCGUUAUGAAAAAAUACAAAAAAAGUUUUGGUUGACAAAUACUUAGUAAUGGAUGCAAGUCGAUGCCAACCCAACUGGAACAGUUGACCACUGCAUAAUUGUAUGGUUUAUUUGUUAUCUAGUCUUUAGUUAGUGUUCUAUUUUCAUUUUUGUAUUUUCGAAUUUUGUUAAUGUUAGCCCGUAAGCUCGUAAAUUGCAGCCAAGUUGCGUUACUUAUUAUAUUAUUAAUUGAACUUUUUUCCACCAAUAUGUCUCACUUUCAUGCUGCGCCAUUGUUGGUGUUUUAUGUACAUUGGAAGAUCGCGAAGUAAUUUAUUUUUGUAAUAAAAAUAAACGAAAACCAAAGUUUUUGUAAUUUGAAA